AUGGCUGCAGGGCCGCUGGGCUCAGAAGACCUGCAAUGUAGCUGCGACCGUCCCGUGUGGGGCCUGACUUCCCGGGUGCUGAGGACGUGUCGAGGGGGACGCCUUCGGGUCCUGCAGCUGAUGCUGAAACCAUGGUGCAUCUCCAGGGCUGUCUACCAGAUGACGGAGGGCCGUCGAUGUCAAGUACAUCUUCUUGAUGACAGGAAGCUGGAACUGCUAGUGCAGCCCAAGCUUUUGGCCAAGGAGCUGCUGGACCUCGUGGCCUCUCACUUCAAUCUGAAGGAAAAGGAAUACUUUGGAAUAGCCUUCACAGAUGAGACGGGACACUUAAACUGGCUUCAACUAGACCGAAGAGUAUUGGAACAUGACUUCCCCAAAAAGUCAGGACCAGUGGUUUUAUACUUUUGUGUCAGGUUCUAUAUAGAAAGCAUCUCAUACCUGAAGGACAAUGCUACCAUCGAGCUCUUCUUUCUGAAUGCUAAGUCCUGUAUCUACAAGGAGCUGAUCGACGUUGACAGUGAAGUGGUAUUUGAAUUGGCCUCCUAUAUUUUACAGGAGGCAAAGGGAGAUUUUUCUAGCAAUGAGGUGGUGAGGAGUGACUUGAAGAAGUUGCCUGCGCUUCCCACUCAAGCCCUGAAGGAGCACCCUUCCCUGGCCUACUGCGAGGAUCGAGUAAUUGAACACUACAAGAAACUGAAUGGCCAGACCAGAGGUCAAGCAAUUGUAAACUACAUGAGCAUCGUGGAGUCUCUCCCAACCUACGGGGUUCACUACUACGCAGUGAAGGACAAGCAGGGGAUACCAUGGUGGCUGGGACUGAGCUACAAAGGAAUCUUCCAAUAUGACUACCAUGAUAAAGUGAAGCCACGGAAGAUAUUCCAAUGGAGACAGUUGGAAAACCUGUAUUUCAGAGAGAAGAAGUUUUCCGUGGAAGUUCAUGACCCCCGCAGGGCUUCAGUGACAAGGAGGACAUUUGGACACAGCGGCAUUGCAGUGCAUACGUGGUAUGCGUGUCCGGCUUUGAUCAAGUCCAUUUGGGCUAUGGCCAUUAGCCAACACCAGUUCUAUCUGGACAGAAAGCAGAGUAAGUCUAAAAUCCAUGCCGCACGAAGCCUGAGUGAGAUCGCCAUUGACCUGACCGAGACGGGCACGCUGAAGACCUCCAAGUUGGCCAACAUGGGGAGCAAGGGGAAGAUCAUCAGUGGCAGCAGCGGGAGCCUCCUGUCGUCAGGUUCUCAGGAAUCCGAUAGCUCUCAGUCGGCCAAGAAAGACAUGCUGGCCGCCUUGAAAUCCAGGCAGGAAGCACUGGAGGAAACGCUCCGCCAACGGCUGGAGGAACUGAAGAAACUCUGUCUUCGAGAAGCUGAGCUGACAGGCAAGCUGCCCGUUGAAUAUCCCUUGGAUCCAGGGGAGGAACCACCCAUUGUUCGGAGAAGAAUCGGGACAGCCUUCAAGCUGGAUGAACAGAAAAUCCUGCCCAAAGGAGAGGAAGCUGAGCUGGAACGCCUGGAACGAGAGUUCGCCAUUCAAUCCCAGAUUACAGAGGCUGCCCGCCGCCUCGCCAGUGACCCCAAUGUCAGCAAAAAACUGAAGAAACAAAGGAAAACCUCUUAUCUGAAUGCACUGAAGAAGCUGCAGGAGAUUGAAAAUGCCAUCAACGAGAACCGCAUCAAGUCCGGGAAGAAACCCACGCAGAGGGCUUCCCUGAUCAUCGCCGAUGGAAAUAUUGCCAGUGAAGACAGUUCCCUCUCAGAUGCCCUUGUGCUAGAGGAUGAAGACUCUCAGGUCACCAGCACACUGUCCCCCUUACAGUCUCCUCACAAGGGACUCCCUCCUCGGCCACCAUCACACAACAGGCCCCCCCCUCCCCAGUCCCUGGAGGGACUCCGGCAGAUGCACUAUCACCGCAACGACUAUGACAAGUCCCCCAUAAAGCCCAAAAUGUGGAGCGAGUCCUCUUUGGAUGAGCCUUACGAGAAGGUCAAGAAACGCUCCUCCCACGGCCAUUCCAGCACCCACAAGCGCUUUCCCAGUACGGGGAGCUGUGCUGAAGCUGGAGGGGGCAGCAGCUCCCUGCAGAACAGCCCCAUCCGCAGCCUGCCCCACUGGAACUCACAGUCCAGCAUGCCGUCCACCCCAGACCUCCGGGUCCGGAGUCCCCACUACGUUCAUUCCACGAGGUCGGUGGACCUCAGCCCCACACGGCUGCACAGCCUCGCCCUGCACUUUAGGCACCGGAGCUCCAGCUUGGAGUCCCAGGGCAAGCUCCUGGGCUCGGAGAACGACACCGGGAGCCCCGACUUCUACACCCCACGGACUCGUAGCAGCAACGGCUCCGACCCCAUGGACGACUGCUCCUCCUGCACCAGCCACUCGAGCUCGGAGCACUACUACCCGGCGCAGAUGAACGCCAACUACUCCACGCUGGCCGAGGACUCGCCGUCGAAGGCGCGCGCGCGGCAGCGGCAGCGGCAGCGGGCGGCGGGCGCGCUGGGCGCGGCGAACUCGGGCAGCAUGCCCAACCUGGCGGCGCGUGGCGGCGGCGCGCACGGCGGCGGCGGCGGCGCGCACGGCGUCUACCUGCACAGCCAGAGCCAGCCGAGCUCGCAGUACCGCAUCAAGGAGUACCCGCUGUACAUCGAGGGCAGCGCCACGCCCGUGGUGGUGCGCAGCCUGGAGAGCGACCAGGAGGGCCACUACAGCGUCAAGGCGCAGUUCAAGACCUCCAAUUCGUACACGGCGGGCGGCCUGUUCAGGGAGAGCUGGCGCGGCGGCGACGAGGGCGACGCGGGCCGCCUGACGCCGUCGCGCUCGCAGAUCCUGCGGACUCCGUCGCUGGGCCGCGAGGGCGCCCACGACAAGGGCGCGGGCCGCGCCGCCGUCUCGGACGAGCUGCGCCAGUGGUACCAGCGCUCCACGGCCUCGCACAAGGAGCACAGCCGCCUGUCGCACACCAGCUCCACCUCGUCGGACAGCGGCUCCCAGUACAGCACCUCCUCCCAGAGCACCUUCGUGGCGCACAGCAGGGUCACCAGGAUGCCCCAGAUGUGCAAGGCCACGUCAGCUGCCUUACCUCAAAGCCAGAGAAGCUCAACACCGUCAAGUGAAAUUGGAGCGACGCCCCCAAGCAGUCCCCACCACAUCCUAACCUGGCAGACUGGAGAAGCAACAGAAAGCUCACCCAUUAUGGAUGGGUCUGAGUCUCCAACUCACCAAAGCACUGAUGAAUAG